GGGCUUGGUAGAAUAAGUAAAAGUAAGAAGAGAGAAAUGAUAGAGAAGCGAGAGAAAGUUUUCAAGGAAGACGAUCAAGGUAGUAGCAAAGAAAUUCUUGUCCUCUUUCGAUAUAUUCGUCAUCGAACGCGAUCAUGGAACGAUCGUAUACGAUUUGGGAUUAAAGUCCAUGACAAAAGUAUUCCUCUUUCGAUACAGAAAAGGAUCCAUGGAUUACGCCAUAGAUAGAUUACGCCUAUCUAAUGGAUAUAAAUCUUGAUUCGUCCUCGACGAGGGGAAUAAGAAAAAGAAAAAGAAAGAGGAAAAAAAAGAAAAGAAGAAAAAAAAAAGGAAGUUCGAAGCACACGAAGCACGCGGAGGAACAUAUACGAGAUGACGACGACGAUAGAAGAGACGGACGUUUGUCCUUGGCUUUUACGGGCCCAGGAUAAAUAAAGCGGAUUACGAUCGUCUUCCUCUGGCUUCAAAUUUACCGCCAAAAAUAGCUCUGGGACUCGUAUAAAAAUAGACGGGCGUAGAAAGCGAUCUCGAUCGUUAAUCGCAAGGAUUCUCGCUCGGAAUAGCUUCGGGGUGUCUCCGAUUAUUACGUUGCGAUGAUCGUCUGUUUUUCUAGUUCUCUUGAAGGAAGGAAGGAAGGAAGGGUGCAAGGCCACGGUUAGAGUAGUGCUCUAACGUGCUCUAAAGCAACAUAUAAAACGAGUCGAUUCUGACGAUUAAAGCAAAUGAAUUUUAAAGGAAAAAGAACAGAAAGAAAAAGGGAAGGAGGGUGGGAGAGAGAGAGAGAGGACAAUAGUCGUAAGGAGAGUAAUAGUAAGCUCGUCGUCCCUGAGGGAAGGUUUCUUCGUCGUACUCGUGAUCUCUCUCUCUCUCUCUCUUUCUCUUUCUCACGGAUCCUCCUCGGUUGUGAAGGGAGAGAGAGAGAGGGAAAUAGUAGGAGAGGGAAGGGAAGAGGAGGGGAGUGCGCUCGAUACACGGAAUCGCCUCGUGCUUCUCGGAAAGCAGUAGACUGUCGGCAGGCACGCCAGACGGCGCACUGCUCGCGCGCUCUCUUCCCCUUCCUAUCGUUAUAGUAGGCGCACUCGGUAAUAUCCCCUCUCUUCGUAUGGUCGUCGAUCGCCCACUGGCUCACCCACGACUCUCCGUCGCUCGCGACCUCUCAGAGGCAGGCUACACACACAAGCCGCCAGUUACGCAACAAUAACAACGCUGUAAGGAGGUGUAGUAGCGCAGUAGGCGCGCGUGCCGUUCCGUAGCUCUUCGACUUUGUCGUCGACGACGACGACAACGACGACGAAGACGAGGAGAGACGACAACGACGACGACGACGACGACGACGACGACGACGACGACGACGACGACGACGACAAGGACGCCGCCGCCGCCGCCGCCGACGACGACGACGACGACGACGACGCCGUUGCCGUGACGGUAACAACGACGACAACGUAAACGUAGACUUAGACAUAGAGGUAAACGACGUUAGACAUAUACGACGUAGACAACAUAGAACCUUUAGACGUACGUAAAGUACGAAGAAAGAGAAGGAGAGCGCUGGUGCCGUUCCGUUCUCGGCGGCGGUCGUCGACGCUCGAAGCGAGAAAACCGGUACGCGUGAACGGCUCUCGCUCGGUGGUUUCGUUGCUCAGUGGAAGCGGGCCGGCGGAAGCGCGCGGAUCGACUGUCGUGCUAGCUCCUUCUCUUUUACGAGAGGGAUAUAUAAUACCGAGAGAGAGAGAGAGAGAGAGAGAGAGAGAGAAAGAGAGAGAGAAAAGAUUAUUUGAAAUUGAUCGUUUAACGAGUGAUCGAAUCAAAAGGAAAGUGUGAGCAAUCGAUGAGAUCGUCGUUCGAUCGAUGAAUCUAGGAACGUACGACGGACGUAAAACGUCUCGCGCGAGGACGAGAGUGGGAGGUGGUGUCGAAGGAAAAGCUGGAGGUGGAGGAACACGUGAGACGGCGCGAUCCAGGAGGAGGUGGUGGACGUCGUCGUCGUCAUUAUCGUCAUCAUCAUCAUCAUCAUCAUCAUCAUCAUCAACGACAACAUCAUCAUUAUCAUUGUCGUCAUCGUCAGCGGUUAUCGAAAGGAUGCUUCUCUCCUUUUAUUGGAAGCCGCGGGAGAAGAGGACGACGAUUCGUGACGCGUGAUCCUCUUCCACGGAAUAGAGAUAAAUAGUGAUAAAGAUAGAGAGAAGGAAAACAUAAGAGGAAGAAGAAGAAGAAGAAGGGUCACAGACGGUUUGCGUAGACGGGUGCGUACGGUGUGUGGCAAGUACGUCUCGCGCGAUUAGGCGCCGAUGACGUCAAGCAGUAGCAGCAGUAGCAUUAAUAGUAGUAGUAGUAGUAGUAACAGCAGCAGCAGCAGCAGCAGCUCUUAAAAAGAAAGAAAAACGAGAAGAGAGAAUUCGCGUUGCCGUUCUUCGACUUUGCUGCUGCUGGUCUUACACUGCCUCUCGUGUUGCUUCUGUUAGUUGUGUCGUCGACGUCGUUCUGCUGCUGCUGCUGCUACUGCUCCGUUAGUAGUAAUAAUAAUAAUAAUAGUAGUAAUAGUAUUGUAGUGGUAGUAGUAGUAGUAGAAGCAGAGUGGUGGGUAGUGGUGAGUACUGAUGGCAUCUCGAGCUGUCAGCGGCACGCAGUGUGUGUUCGUGUGACAAAGUUGAAAGCAUAAGAGAGAGAGAGAGAGAGAGAGAGAGAGAGAGAGAGAGAGAGAGAGAGAGAGAGAGAGAGAGAGAGUUCUGUGAUAACGCAACGUGCUACUAUAGAGCGAGAAAGAGAAAGAUAAAAGAAGGAGAUUCCCUCGAAAGUGUUGCUACUCCUCUCCACCCCGCUUCGUUGUCGAUCCUCCUCUCCUUCCCCUCUUUUCCUCCUCCCUCCUCUUUCUCCGCCACCUCCUUCUCGUCGUUGUCGUUGUCGUCGUCGUCGUCCGAUUACAUUUUCUACGUGUGCGCCGCGUCCGCGGGCAAUGACUAACCGCGCAGCGGUUAAGUGUGUUAGUAGGAGAUAUCGUCGACGGACCCGUUUCUGCGUUGGUGUUGCCGCCGUCUACGUCAGCGCCGGUCGGACGGGAUUUGCAUAGCAAACAGAUCGACGCGCUCGUAAGUGGAUAACGAGAAGGAAGGGAGACAUAAGCUCUAUACUGUGGCGAUGACAGAUCCACAGUUAACUAACAACAACAAUAAUAACAACAAUAAUAACAACAACAAUAACGAUGGCGAGCCGAAGUAUUUGCACAAGAAGUUUAAGAAGAUGGCGACGACGGAGGUUACGCCUCGAGUCGAGGCAAAGAAGGAAAGCACGGCCGAUGAUAAGGGGAAUACCGAUGUCCAGAAGAAAAGGGAAGCGGUCAAGGAGAGCAGAGAUUCUCCAAAGGAAGCCCUCAAGGCCGAGGCAUCUCCUGAGACCGAGACCGAGCCCGCGGAAUCGCGAAAAACCGGAUACGUUUGCCCUUAUUGUAAGCUCUCCUGUGCCAAGCCAAGCGUUUUGCAAAAGCACAUUAGGGCUCAUACCAACGAGAGACCGUAUCCUUGCGUGCCCUGCGGUUUCGCUUUUAAGACCAAGUCGAAUCUUUACAAGCAUCGGAGAUCUCGGACUCACGCUUUGAAAAUGGAAGGCGGCGAUAGCAGCAAGCAGGUGUCGGAGGACUCGGACAUUAGCCUGUCCGACAGUGCCAGUAACGGUACAGGGACUCCACCACCUCCGCCAACGUCAACGCCCACGACGACCUCCUCCGUCGUGAAGACCGUCAAGACUGGAAAAAUCUACAAGCCAAAGUUCCACACCGCCCUCCAAUCGAUAAACAAUGAGACGGAAACGUCUUCGUUUUCGUCUACAACGAGCUCUUCCAGUAAUUCUUCCGUAGCUGUGACCAGUAAUAAUAGCACCGUGAACGCUGCGAAACCGAACGCGGAUAGGUUGCAGGAACACAUCGAUAAAAUUAUAACGGACAAUCGUGCGAUCGUCGAUGCGGUAGAUCCUCGUCUUCAUAAAUUAAUGCAACGACAGCAGAGCAUGGUCGAGAUAAAGCAGUCCGAUCAACCCUUGAAUCUCUCAUCGGCGGACGAAUCCUCGACGAGAAAACGUUGUUACAGCGAGAGUUUCGCUCAAGAGAUUACGGAUCGAGAACCGACGAGCAAUAGCGAGGCAUCGAUCAUCAAGGAUCUUUUAUUGAAGACGCGCGGAACUGGCGACGCAGAGGCUACCACGGAGAUCGAGAAUUAUGUAUGUCCGUCGUGCAGUAUACCGUACACGAGUAUCGACAAUCUCGAGACUCAUCGACGAUAUUAUUGCAAGGGACCGAUCAGCCCUAGGAGAUCGGAUUAUCAGUUGGAUAACGAGAAGAGAGAAUCCGAGUUCGAGUCGAAGUCUUCCGAUUAUUAUGCUACCUUGCAACCUCUUCCUUCGCCAGGACCUCUGUUGGGUAACACGAGACUCGUUGACGCUUACGCGCCACCCGCGAAAAAACAGCGCUCGGAAUCUGUCCCAACUAGUUUGAGAUCUCUCGAGGAACUAAGCAAAUAUCCGAGGCCAAACUCCUUGCAAAUGUUCGGGGGGGAGGUUAGGAUACUCGACAAUACGGGCGAGACGAAGACCAUGAGAAUCGAGCCACGACAAACUAAUUCACCGACGAGCGAACAGAUCUCAAGCAACAAGUGCGUCACGUCGGAGACAGCUUCGAUCGUGGUAAGAUCGGGUCUUCAUUCGGGCGGUACUAUGGUGCAUAAACCGCCUGGCACGCCUACAAGCACACAAAGUUCCUCCAUAUCUUUGCCAAACACUCCAAAAAUGUUGGCCCCCAUCAUACCAAACAUAUCAACUCCAAACAUAGCACCGACGAUGUCCUGCUACAACUACCUGGAACCGCAUUUGAAUCCAUUGACGAGCAUAACCGCAUACAAUCCGUUGACGUUGCCUCAAGCGGGUAUAACGAGUAUUCUUCACGGUGGUAAGGUUAUACCUUACGUACCUGGUAUGCCAGGACCACAUACCUUGACCGGUGCACCACCCCCACCGCCCCCGCCACCUAUAGAUAUAUCACCUGGUGUGGCGUCCGGUGAGGUUGGAUACAAAGUCAUACCAGGUGUGCCGGGUCUGCACAUGAUACCCCAACCUUUGGAUCUUGCAAGUCCGGUCAAAAUUCAGGCGCCCAACGUACCUGGAAUGCCGGGACCUGGAAUAUCCGUUGGACACGUCUCUAUAAUGGGCCAGCCAUUGGAUCUAGCUAGUCCCGCGAAGGAGAACAAGCUUAACUUCAAAACUCCUAGCAGCGACGGUUUGAGAAGCGCCGGUGGCUUAACGAGUCCCAAAGUUCCUACCGUCAAGGUCGAUAAUUCUACGGACAAAUAUCGACCAAGUAGGAUGUCUCUCACAUCUGUCGCCGAUCUGCCAAUAAACGAACUCGAUCGUCAUAUCAAACACAACGUUCCUGCGAAACAUAAAGCCAUAGAGAGCCCCCGAGAAAAGAGAGAGUUGUCUCUUGUCGAGAAAAGUCCCAACGUCGAAAGAACUUACGCUUAUUCUAACGGCAUCGACGCACCUGUUAAUUCCGCAAAUUCGUAUGCCAAGCACAAAUAUUCACCUAAAUCGACUUCGGAGAACAGGAAGAGGCCCUCUACUUGGAACAUUGCCGAGAUGGAAAUCGGCAGAACGCAGGUCGAAACUUUAGAGUACGGCUCGAAUUUGAAAUACGAUUCUUCGCCCUCUCGUGAAAAUGGUCGUAUCAAAAUUAACGUUCUCGAAGGUAGAGGAAAGAUAGUCGAAAGUUAUAAUACCGUCGGUGAAACCAAAUUAAAAUCUAAUCCUGCAGUAUUAGCGGGAGCAGUACCGCCGCAGUCACACCCGCCCCCUCCACCGCCGCCGCCGCCACCUCCUCCACCGCCACCACCGCCAACACCACCAGUGAUACUUGUGAAUUUAGAUUCAUCCAAGUCAGAAGUGCCAAGUAAAACUUCCGUAGAAUUAGUUGUUAAAGCGGAUAAGUCUGAAGCUAAGUCGCCGAAAAGUAGCGACGGUGCUAAAGAAGAGACCAGUGUUAAUAAGUUUUUAAGACCCACUUCUUUACCUUUAAAACCUGGUACGUUUACGCCAAAAAAACAUCACGGAAUUACGCCAACGGCAAAUACCCUAUCCCUUAUAAGCCCGGAAACUCCUAGGCCCAAAAAAUCCUACGGACAACUUUAUUUAAAUGGACACGCCUAUACAUAUCUAGGUUUGAAGUGUUCAACGAGAGUAUUUUAUUGUACCCUAAACAGACCGCAGCCCAUGUACGUUACGCAACAGCACGGUCUGUCUAUGUAUUCCAAUUGGAAGAUUUGUAAAGAAGCUCCGCCAGAUUUGGAUCUGGCGCAUUACGAUUCUAGAAACAGACCUCUUAAUUAUACCACCGCUUGUACCAUGCGAGAAGAUAUAUUGACGCAUUCUUCGCAGAGGCCUAUCACUCCAACCAGUCCGGAUAGUGGGUUAGAAAGUGAUAUACAAGAAAAAUCCAAGAGAAUUAAAAUUUUCGACGGCGGUUUUGAAAGUAACGAGGAUUACACGUACGUUAGGGGUCGUGGUCGCGGUCGAUAUGUCUGCGAAGAAUGUGGCAUUCGUUGUAAGAAACCGUCGAUGCUGAAGAAACAUAUCAGAACUCAUACGGACGUACGGCCAUACACCUGCAGGCACUGUGCCUUUAGCUUCAAGACCAAAGGCAAUCUCACGAAACACAUGAAGUCAAAAGCACAUUAUAAAAAAUGUGUCGAGCUUGGAAUUGCUCCGGUACCAACUACAGUUUGCGACGAGAAUAUCGACAAAGAGGCUAUUGCGCGAUUGGCCGUCGGUGGAAAUGCCGAAGAAUCUACUUCGGAGGAGGAAGAGAGCGAAGGUGAAGGAGAAGAAAGCGAAGAAUCUGGGAGCGAAGAGCACGAAGCGGCACAAAGUUUGCUAAGUCUGUCGCAACGUAACACUAAUAGAUUACCAGGAUUAUUGCCUUCGGGUCGGCCAACGACAUAUCCUUAUACUUUGACUUUUCCAUCGAGCUCCGUUACAACGAAUAUCAUAUCAACCGUUUCCAGCACCUUAUCUACCAGCGAUCAUAGUACGGCCGAUCAAGAAACUAGCCUCAUUCAGAGCGAACACUCGCAUCGUUAUUAUUUCCCUUCGAAAUGGACAGCCGCGGAUGAGUUAAGAAGUAGCGUUAUACAAUUAUCGAAGAAGGAUGAUUCGGAUAUCGAGGUAGAAGAGAUAACUGAUACGGAUUCGCGCCAACAGAUAUCCCAACCGAUGGAUCUUACGACUAAGCAAACUACGCAACAGCCUGUACGAUCCCCAAUACCACCACAAAGAGCAAUGCCUGUUGACAUCUUGACACCGGUAUCAGAACCAGUUCUAUUACAAACGAUAGUGCAGACAAUGGAACGAUUACCUAUACAAGGUAGAGAAUGGAAGCCUAAUGCAGAGGGACGUAUGCUUCAAGCAUAUCUUACCGAGAGACACGUCAUGGACAGUAAAAUAAAACAACAAUAUCGCGUGGGAAAUUCGAAAAUCGAUAGAACUAUGGGAGGAGAUAGAGACGUUUAUCCUAAAUAUCAAGAUGCUGGGAGAUCUAGAAAUCCGGAAAACAGUGACAUUCCUGCGGUAACGUAUACGGAUCCAACGAAAUUGCAACAGAACGCAAUGGAAUCGAAGAUCAAACACGUGACGAAGCAACAAUCGUCGGACGAUAUUAAAAUGGAAAUUCGAGAGAAGAUUUAUCAAAAUAAUGUAGCAAUGGAAAGAAAAGUCUAUAAUUUCGAAACGAUUCACAAAGAUAAGGAACAGCAUGCGAGUCGCGAUAUUCAUGAAAACAAUUCCAGAACCAAUGUCGAAUAUGGCAUCGUAAUGAAUAAGAAUAUUAAUCCGAUCGAAAGGACAAAUUAUUCUUCUAUGGAUAUAUCAUCCCGUAGUACACCUGGUAUGGAUCGUCACUCACCAAAAAAUUUCCAUUCGGAUGCUAACAAUCGACUCGUUUCUAUCCAAUACGGUAACAACGAGCCACCCGAUAGAACAGCCAUACUUAAAACUAUGAAUCAAGACGUUAGACCGGCUAAUCAAGAAAUGCGCAUACCUUCGGACAUUAGAAUGCAAAGUCAAAGUCCACGAAAUAUAGACCUUCGGCCACCUAGCAGAGAAUUAAGAAUGCCCAAUCAAGAUUAUCGUGUGCAAGCUCAAGAGUUACGUUUAACUACUCAAGAUUACAAAUUACGCGGUCAAGAGAUACAAUCGCUUGGAACGGAAUUUAAACAGAUACCAACGGAUGUACGUUUGAGUCAAGAAAUCGUGUCACCGGGGAACCUAGAGGCAAGACAAGUUAUCUCAGACAAUAGACCACCCAGUAGAGAUAUGCGCAUGCCGGAAUAUAGAUCAGAAUAUAGAUCUCAACCGCAAGAAACAAGACGUCAUUUUGAAAUAAUACAAUCGUCUACGCGCGAGUCCCCGAAGUUGCAGGAUGUAUCUCAAAGACCACAAAAUAUAGAUAUAAAAAAUGUAGAUCGUUCCGAUAUCAAGCAUAAUGCAGAAAUGACGAAACAGACCAUAGUGGAAAGUAUUAAACACACGGUAGUAGCUCGAAAGGUGGUCGUCGGUGGUCCAGAUUUCAGGUCGCCCUCUCCAACGGUAGGAAAUGCUAAACCUCAAGCCGAGUUCUUACAACCAUCGACCGGACCGGCGCCAAAUUAUGUGAGUUACAGUGUAACGGAAGACGGCCGAAGCGUAUGCGGAAUUUGUAACAAGGUGUUCAGCAAACCUAGUCAGUUACGAUUGCAUAUCAAUAUUCAUUAUUUCGAAAGACCAUUUCGAUGUGAGAGUUGUGCGGUCUCCUUUAGGACAAAGGGCCACUUGACGAAACACGAAAGAUCGGUUUCACAUCACAAUAAGGUCAGUAUGACGUCUACCUUCGGAGCUGCCACUACUAGCAAUCCUAGACCCUUCAAAUGUACAGAUUGCAAAAUCGCCUUCAGAAUACACGGUCAUUUGGCUAAACAUUUGCGUAGUAAAAUGCAUAUUAUGAAAUUGGAAUGUUUGGGUAAAUUACCAUUUGGUACGUAUGCUGAAAUGGAAAGAUCCGGUAUCAAUCUAAAUGAUAUCGACACCACGGACUGUGAUAAUAGUCUUACUAGUCUUCAGAUUUUGGCACAAAGACUUUGCGAAAAGGAUCCAAAUAAAAUGGGUCAAUGGGAUACAGAGGUAGUUCAAAGUCAACCUAUUAGCGGUGGUGAAACGUCUUCCGACGAAGGUGAACCUAUAUCUCAACAUCCAAUUUAUUCGUUUCCCGUGAAAGUGACAACGGAUGCGGAAAUGUCUCGACCAUAUCAUGUGCCAAUAGCAACUGAAGAACCUAAAUCUAUGGUGGACGUUCAUCAUAUUAAUUCGCAAUUCAAUCAACAGAAACGGGAAUAUGGUAUGAAGGAAAACGCAAACCGAUCGACAGUUUCACCAGAAAAUAAUUUACAAUCAUAUAAGUGCCAAGUCUGUCCAGUGUCUAUGCGUAAUGUAAAUGAAUUGCAAGUGCACUGUUUUGUUGAACAUAAUAUUGAAACGGAGUCUAGUACAAAUAUUCACGGGGAUAGAGGUGCGAAUAAAUGUAGGGAAAAAGAGAAUACUCAGAAGAAAAUUUCUGCGGAGGAACGUGUUGUUAGAGAAGAUCACAAUCGACAAAAGAUAGGAGAUACAUAGUGCCAAAAUUAUCUGCUACAUCAGCAAAUAUUCAAUAAGAGAUACUAUAUUACAUAAACGUACGUGUUGGCCCUUUUAAGAUGAUGGACUUUUAUGAAAGCAUUGCAAUUCUGACAAAUUAAUCAUUAUUAAAAGAAGACAUUAUUUAAUGUGAUGUUGUAUUUUGAUCAGAAUCUUUCUUUAAAAUGUUAUGGUCUAACAUUAAAUUCUAUUCAUUUUGGGAGAAAAGUUUCUAUGUACUAUACGGAAUAUGUACAGUGAAUGAUGUUGACCAAAAGUAAUUAAUUGUUAAUGAUCUAACGAUAAAUUUGGAAAUAUGCUAAAGACGCCAUGAUAAUAAAUACUUUGAAAAAAAGUAGAAGAAUUUCAACGAGUACAUAAUUAUCAUAAAAUAUAAUUGCGAGACGAAACCAUAUUACCAUUAUAUCUAAUAUAGCAGCAAAAUAUAAAUAGGACACAAAAAAGGAGGUAAUAAAAAAGGAGUUAUAAAAUGAAAGGUUUUAAAAGAUAUCCGAUAACUUAUAUAGAUAUAUAUAUGUAUAUAUAUAUAUAUGUGUGUGUGUGUAUAUAUAUAUAUAUACAUAUAUAUAUAUAUAUAUAUAUAUCUGCUUAUUUCUACCAUGAAACCAUAAACAUUGUAAAUGCUUGUAUAGUCCUCAUCUAAGGCUUUACAAUGUUUCUCUUUAAAUCUUUAAAUACAUCACUCGAAAGAACAUAAUUCUGAUAUAUAAUAAUAUAUUUAUAUAUAAUAACGUUGUAGCAAUAUGACGUGCAAUGGACUGGUAUGUGAUUCUGUAUUUAAAGUGCAAAUGUUGUGUGCAACUAUUAAGAGUAUUCAGAUGUUACAAGUUAAUAUGAAAUAUUGCUUAUCGGUACAUAAAACGACAUGCAAGCGCACAUGCGCGUUAUCACACACACAUGUAUGAUAUUAGUUCUGAAUAAGCGUUGAAAUAAGACACGUUUGUAUAUAUUUAUGUAUAAUAUAAAAAUAUCAUGUGUUAGUUAUUAUUGUAGAUUUAAGUAACUGAUGAUGAUAAUCAGAAACAGUAGCGUCGGUUGUUUUAAUUUCGUAUGGAGUUUUAAAAUGUCUUACUAUUACGAGUUUACUAGCUCGUGAAAAAUAUUUGAAAAAUUAAUAGAUUAUAAUUUUUUUCCUUUGAAAAAAUAUGAAACUCAUAGAAAUCACAUAAACAGUGUUCAAUUAACUAUGCUUAAUGUAUGUUAACCAUUAUUAUUACCGAAUCAAUUUACCGAUUCACUGAUUCUUUUUAUAAUUUUUCCAAAGUAUCAUCCAUAAAUGACAACUAUGGUAUCUUAUAUUUAAUUAUCUAUGAAAGAGAACAAGAUGAUGUUAAUGAAGCACUCAAGUACGCGAUGUCUUUCCUAAAGCAUAAUCAGAUUUCGAUUUGCAGAAUUUGUACCUAUACGUGCUUGAGUUAAAAUAGUUUCAAUACAGGUUGUAUACCGCACAAUUAUAUACAAUGAGGUCCAGUCAAAGUGAUUGUCACUAAAAGAUAUCAAUGUAGCAUAGUCUAACGUAGCAUUCGAUGUGUCUAUUUUAAUUGAGCUCCAACUGCAGGCCAUGUAUACUUUCAAAAUGUGUACAUGUGUGUGUGUGUGUGUGUGCCCAAAAUGCCAAGCCAACAUUUCUUCCCUUAAAGUUAAGAUAGAAAUUUAUAUAUUUGACAUGAAAAUUAUCUGAUAUGAUAAUGACAUAAAAAAAAAAAAAGAAAAGAAA